GGCGGAGGCCCAGUCGAGACCAUCGGCAGCAGCAGCAGAGGCGCCGUCUCACAGGUGACUUUAUUGCUGCAGAUCUAGAGCUAGUGGUAAGACUGGAAAUUCAACAUGUUCGGGGAGAGAAAGGAAUUUGACGUGACAGCAGCUGCCGACAACGAGCCAGAGUUCAAGAUGACGAUGGCACCACCCCCCGACGUCGGCGAAGACAAUAGACCUAAAUCAGAAGUGGCGACAUCCGUGUCGGUGUCGACCAUUGAUCUCGUCGAAGAGAGCUCAGACACUUCCAGAGUAAAAAUGCUGAAGCUGUGCGAGCAGCGGUGGUGCGCGCGGCUGGUGCGCGGCCUGUCGCUGUCUCUGCUGCUGGGCGCGGCGUGGCUGCUGCUGGUGGCCGAGGCGGGCGCGGCGGCGCUGCCCCCUGGCGGCCCGCUGUACGCGCUCGCGCUGCUGCUGGCCGCCUCGCAGCUGGCCGCGCUCGCCGUCGCCUGCCUGCGCCUGCCGCCGCUGCUGGGCUCGCUCUUCGCCGGGCUGCUGCUGCGCAACGUGGGCGCCGUCCAGCCCCAGGGCGUCUACACGCUCAUCGCCGCCAUCGUCAGGAAGGCGGCGCUGACGGUGAUCAUGAUGCGGGCCGGCCUGGGUCUGGAGGCGGGCGCGCUGCGGCGCCUGAGCGGUGUGGUGGCGCGGCUGGCGCUGGUGCCGUCCAUCACCGAGGCGGGCACCCUCGCCGUCGCCACCUACUGCCUGCUCUCGCUGCCCUGGCUCUGGGGGCUGCUGCUCGGAGCGGCGAUGGCGGCGGUGUCGCCCGCGGUCGUCAUCCCGUGCCUCUUCGCGCUGCAGGAGCGCGGCUACGGCACCAAGAAGGGCAUCCCCACGCUGGUGGUGGCGGCCGCCAGCGUCGACGACAUCUUCGCCGUCUCCAUCUUUGGAAUAAUGAUCAACGUCAUCUUCUCUGAAGGAAACCUCACCAUGAAGAUUAUUGAAGGACCUCUCGGAAUUAUCAUUGGCCUCGCUUUCGGUAUCAUCUGGGGCGUCAUUCUGUACUUCUUUCCAAAGCCGGAAGAUAGGUUCUGCGUGUCGCUGCGCACGUGGCUGCUGCUGGCGGGCGGCCUGGUGUGCGUGCUGGGCUCGGAGGCGGUGGGCUACAACGGCGCGGGACCGCUGGGCGCCACCGUGGCAGGCUUCGUCGCCGCCGCCGGCUGGCGCAGGCAGGGCUGGCCCCAGACCAGCCCUGUGUCACAGUCCUUCAAAACGAUCUGGGCAUUCUUCCAACCAGCGCUGUUUGGCCUCAUUGGUGCGGAGAUCAACCUCUUUGAACUGGAAGGGGAUCGUGUCGGACUCGCCAUAGCGUGUUUGGCUAUUGCCCUCACGUGCCGAAUCCUCAUUUCCGUCGUCAUUGCUUUCGGCGCUGGCUUCAACGUCAAGGAGAAAACGUUCCUGGCGUUUGCAUGGUUGCCGAAGGCUACUGUUCAGGCGGCGCUGGGACCAGUGGCACUGGACAUAGUACGCUCGAUGGUGCAGCCAGAUUCAGAUCAGCUGCUGUGGGCACGAACCGUGCUCGAGAUCGCUGUCCUCGCUAUUUUGCUGACUGCACCCAUUGGAUCUGCUCUCAUCAUGCUGCUGGGGCCACGUCUUCUUCCACUAGAUGCUCAACGUCCUGUCUGAGGUUACCACAAGAUUGAGUGUGUGGCACACACCCAGAAGAAGGCCAUAAGGGUACAAGAUGAAGACAAGGCUAGGCUUGGCACAAUGUGAAAAUAACAUGGAUUGCACCUUUCUGAAUGUGGGAGUUCUGUCUUACACAUGCUAUGAUUCAUUUCUCAAACAGUAUGAUUGGUGCUGUUAUAAUUGCUUUCUGACAGGUACUGUCCAUCAAUGGACAUUUGUGCUAGAGGAAGUACAGGUGCGGCAGCAUCAUAUAUGUAAUGAGCUAGCAAGAAUUGUAUAAUGUGAUAAGGGAUUUAUAACACAGUAUAUUUUAGGAGGAGAAGCAUUAAUAAAAAUAUGCUGUCUAUCAAUAAACUUUUUAUAGAUUUCUAACUGUAUUAUCUUGUAAUAAGAACACUUUUUUUGACAACUGACACAUGUCACUUUCAUUAGGGUUUGUACCAUUUCAACUCUCACAUAAUAAUUGUUAGCGUAUUUCAGUUGAAAGGACAGUGAUCUAGUACUAUUCUUGGUCUAAGAAACCCACUUUACAUUUUUUCUUGAAGUGCAUCCAAGAUUCUUUGAGCAAAAUAUAUAGCAAAAACCUUUAGGGACAAAAUAAACUCUAAAUUACUUGGAGCUUGCCAUGAAUUGGGGGAAAUGAAGCCAACUUUGUCAUUUCAAACAGAAAGUUUGUACAAAAUUGUCAUUGGUGAAUAGAGAUCUUAAUAAUGAACUUUCUUUUGUUUCAAAAUAUGUUGAUGUAAUCAAAAAAAGAUCUUGCUGCUAAUGAACUGAACAGUAGUGAAGGAAUGAAAAAUAAAUUUCAUUAGAUAAUAGAUGUGAUUAAAUUACCUUCUUAACAUUCUACAGACAAUGUAUUUUCAUCUCACACUUUUAAUUUAAUGGUGAGUAGUACUUGGAAUUUCUCCAAUAGAGAAUCAUGGAUUUAUGGAGUUGCUACAUGACUUCCCAAUAGUAACAUCCUUGUUAAUAUGAGUGAAACAAGGUGGCUGGUAGUCUCGUUUUUGCAUAGUAGACAGGUGUAUCUAAAAGCAAUUUUUUCUGGUCAAAACUUUUGUGAGUAGGAAGAAUGUUACUAGUGGCUUAGCCAACCCAGUCAUCAAGGUUAACUUCCUUUGAUAUUUUUUUCUUAAGUGGGGCAUGUGGGCUUUGGACCAAAGAAUCUAUCUAUCUACAGUAUUCUACAGUGAUAAAUAAAAUCGAAGAGCGAUUGUGGGAGUAUGCAGGUAAUUCCUUGCUGUACACAUACAUAUUAUACUUUGUGUACAAAGAUGAUGCAUAACUGUAUUUAGAACAAUGUGUAGCAUGAUUUGUCCAUCUGUUGUAAAACAUUGAAAGCAGUCAAAUCGGAUUCAGCAAUGAUUUAUAUCCAUAACAUUUUUUUCUGAUUUAAUAUACGAAUUUGCAGAUAAAAUGACAAAAGUAUGAGUAUUAAAAAUGCAAACUGAAUGAAAACCUUUUUCCUCACCACAGAAUUAAACAGUUAUUUGUAAGCAACUCCAUUAUCCUUAAAGAUUUCUGUGUCUUUCUAUUUUGCUCAAUUCACUAUGGCCAAAAAGUUUUAUUAAUCUUAUUGUCAGAUCACCACAAUAUAUCAAAAAUAUUCAGAGUACAUUCAGAUUUGAUCUUGGUAUUGAAUAACUUUAAUUUUUCUCAUUUUUUGUGUGAAAAUCUGAAGCUGUGCUUAUUUUCUCCAAUUUGCAUUAGAUGUCAAGCAUGAAGGGUUUGCCAUUCAAACUGUCUUUAGAGGUCCACCUGAGACAAUUAUGAAGAGACAUUUCAGUGAAGGUCAUCUGGAAUAGUGAACAAAACCUUUUUUUAUGUUGUCAUAAAUUCUAAAGAAUUUUACUGACAUGACUCCAGAUGCAGAAGUUCACAAACAUACUUAAGUUACAGUCUCAUUGGUUCCUGUGAUAGUGUUAGCUGAAACAGACAACGAUGUGAAUGCAGUUCAGAUAGGUGCAAAGAGUGAUUUUGUUCUUAACAUCAGCUUUUAUAUACUAACUUAAACUAUGUCAUCUGAUUCAGUAUAAUUCUGUGGGACACUAGUCCUACAAGAUAAUAAUGUAACAGACACUUAGCAAUAAAAAGAAAAUAUAAAAAAAUCUUAUAAAUAUGAAAUACAGGACUUGACUGUUAACAAAAUGUAAAUUGUAGACACUAUCAGAUUUAUGACUUAUAAAAAUA